AUGUCUCUCAUCGCCUCUGUCUCCGCCCCCCAAUACCCAGCCCCCGCCUACCUCGCGUCCCCCGAGAGCCCUGAGAUCGCCACCCAGCCGCCUGCGUACUCUGGGAACGUUAGGUCGCAGUACGACCUCAGCUUAGGGUUAGCCAGCUGGGGGGUGUCGACAGAGAGUAUAUGGAUCCCUUUGAGGCCAGUGGAGGAAGAAGUGGAUUUCGAAAGGGCCCAAAAGCUAGAAGAGAUGAUAGAGAUUUUCCGCAGGACGGAGCUCAAGUACGCCAAAAGGUGUACAUGGGCGUUUUGCGGGGUUUCUCUUCUAGUAGCUUUAAUGAUCGUCAUUGCGAUGGUCGUGUCGGCGAGAUAG